UUGUCUUCGAUCGCCUCCUCGUCUACAAUCCCUACUUCCUGGAUACGCGCUCAGAAAAAACAGCAAGGUUUUGUCAUCAUCAUCUUAUACAUCAUCUUAAGCUGUGAUUUAACAAUUUACACAUAUACAGAGACACAUUUUUUUAACGACAAAAGACCGUCUAAGGUCACGACAUUACCGAUGAUCACGUAAACAAGGCAGCGAGGCGGUGGGCGCAGAAGUCGCAGAGAAAGAGCGCCACGUCAUUGAUCGACGGAGGAAUCAGAAAAGCACAAUCGGAGUCCCCGUUUUACACCAGAUAUCACAGUUAAACAUCACCGUUAGGCAUCUUCAAUGAGCUAUUGUUUCCGUAUUGUUUAACACUUUUUUUAGCGAAGCAAAGCGUGUCAACAAGCGGUUCAAAAUGACGGCGUCCAACUGGGGUCUUAUCAUGAACGUGGUGAACAGCAUCGUCGGAGUCAGUGUCCUUACCAUGCCCUUCUGCUUCAAACAGUGUGGAAUAGUGUUGGGAACUCUCCUGUUGUUCUUCUGUUCGUGGAUGACCCACAAGUCGUGCAUGUUCCUGGUCCACACAGCAAGCAAUACCAAAAGAAGGACCUAUGCAGGACUGGCCUUCCAUGCUUACGGCAAACCAGGAAAAACACUGGUGGAGACGAGUAUGAUCGGUUUGAUGUUGGGAACCUGUAUUGCCUUCUACGUUGUGAUAGCUGAUCUGGGCUCAAAUUUCUUUGCUCAGCUGUUAGGUUUAGAGGUGACCUUCAGUUUUCGUGUGCUGCUGCUGAUUGCUGUGUCUCUCUUCAUCGUCCUCCCUCUGAGUCUGCAGAGGAACAUGAUGUCCUCCAUCCAGUCCUUCUCUGCGAUGGCUCUCAUUUUCUACACCCUCUUCAUGUUCACGAUAGUGUUGUCGUCUCUGCGCUACGGCAUAAUCUCGGGCUCCUGGGUGGAGCGGGUUCACCUGUGGCGCUUCAAGGGCGUCAUUCAGUGCCUGCCCAUUAUCGCCACAACCUUCUGCUGUCACCCGCAGGUGCUGCCAACAUACGACAGCCUGGAAGAGCCGUCCGUCAAACACAUGAGCACCAUUUUCACCUCGGCCCUCCAUGUGGUCACCAUCUUCUACAUCACUGUGGGUUUCUUUGGCUACGUCAGUUUCACAGAGAACAUUGCAGGCAACGUGCUGAUGAACUUCCCAUCCAACCUCGUGACAGAGAUGAUCCGUGUGGGCUUCAUGAUGUCUGUGGCCGUCGGAUUCCCCAUGAUGAUCCUGCCCUGUCGCCAGGCCAUCAACACCAUGCUUUUUGAGCAGCAGCAGAAGGACGGGACGUUUGCCGCCGGGGGAUACAUGCCUCCUCUGCGCUUUAAAGCAAUCACCCUCUGCAUUGUGUUUGGCACCAUGCUGGGAGGCAUUCUCAUCCCCAACGUGGAAACUAUUCUGGGUCUGACUGGAGCCACCAUGGGCAGCCUCAUCUGCUUCAUAUGCCCUGCUCUCAUCUACAGAAAGAUCCAGAAGAAUGGCAUCAUCGCUCAGCUGGUGCUUUGGGUUGGUCUGGGCAUCCUGUUGGUCAGCACCUUUACCACCCUCUCAAUUUCGGCCAGAAGCCCUGGCACCAAGAUCCCAGCUCCUCCUGCCCCAGCACCUGACAAGAACAACCUGCUUCUGCCAGACCUCCCUGAACUGCACGACAAUCCUGCAAACAAGAAGCCAGUGGAGAUAGAAGAACCUGACCUUCCAGCUGUGAAGGUGGUACAACCUGUAGAGAGGGCUGAGCCUCCCCAAAUUAAAGGACCAGUGGAACCACCUGAGAGAAAGAAAGAGGAAGAGGUGCAACUGGACCGCCCUGGUGCUGGUGUCGUGGUGCCAGAAGUAGAGGCCCAUCGCCAUGAACCACCCAUCCCUCAUGACGAGGUCAAAGUAGACACAAGAAAGAAUGAUGCAGAGCUGGAGGAAGACAAGAAACAGCCUGCUCUUCCUGCAGGAGGAGAAGAGCCCAAAAGAGAUGAAGAGCAAGUUCCUGCAGUGCAGGUCGAAAACAAAGUAGAUGACAAGGCUGAAGAAAAGCCAAAACCUGCAGAGGCUGUUGUGAAAAAAGAGGAGGUGGAUUUGGGUGGAGGUGAAGUCCUGUCCAAUGAGGUGCCGGAGAAGCCGAUUGCAGACAAAGGCAAAAAGGAGGGUGAUCCCCUACUACAGAAAGUUGAGAAGCUCGAUCCCGUUAAAGAUCCUCUUGCAGGGAUUGUGGCUGCAGUGGAAAAUGAAGCUGCACAAGUUGAUAAAGUGGCCAAAGCCCCAGAUGCUGGAGGGAAACUUCCACUUCCUGAAGGAGAACAUCAUCCUGCUGCAGACAGCAAAGACACAGCAGAUGAGAAGUUGGACGUGAUAAAAAAGCUGGUUGCAGAGGGCCAGCUGGACCAUGCCGUGCUACUGCAGGUGAUCAAGGAGCAGCAAGAGCAACAAAAGAGACUUCUUGACCAGCAGGAGAAACUACUAGCUGUCAUAGAAGAGCAACACAAGGAAAUCCACCAGAAACAACCUGCUGGGCCUGCUGCUGAAGGUGAGGCAGAGAAAGGUAUCCAGGAACAUUUGGAGGUGAUGGAAGGUGGAGCAGCGAAGCCCAAAGAUUCUGGCCUGGCAUCAGACCCAAAACAGCCCAAGGAGGUCGUUGGAGCUCCACAGGGUGGAUUAGCUGAGCAUCAUGCCGUGGCCCAGAAUCAAGCUCCAGCUGGGGAUAAGGGUGCUGAAGUCGUAGCUGUUCAACCGCCUUACAAGGAGGAUGGCCAUGUGGUGGCGGGAGGAGACUCCCAUAAGCAGAGUGAACUGGGGGCGAGGGGAGUGCCACUGGGAAACAAAAGACCAGAUGACCAUCAGCCUGUACCUCAAAAUGAUCAGAUAGCUCAGCUUAUGGGUGAAGAAAGAAAGGGGGUUAGAGAAAAUGAGAAAAUUGAACAUCUUAAAAAAGAACAGAUGGAGAAAGAGGUUCAGGCAAAACUGGAAAAAGAACAGCUUGAGAGGGAGAUAAAGGAAAAACUGGCCAGAGAACAUGAGUUAGAAAGAAUAGAGAAAGAAAAGAUAGAGAAAGAAGUCCAGGCAAGGUUAGAAAAAGAACUACUGGAAAAGGAGAGACAGGAAAAACUAGCUAGACAACAGGAAUUGGAGAAGGAGAAAGCCCAGAAAGAAAGAAUAGAGAAAGAAGUGCAGGCAAGGGUGGAAAAAGAGCGACUGGACAGGGAGAGAAGAGAGAAGCUGGAACAAGAGAGAGCGGUAGAAAAGAAGCUCGCACAGGAGAAAGCUGCAGAGGAGAGACUACAGCAGGAGAUCCAGAAAGCAGACAAUGAAAUUCUUGAGAGAGAAAGGAAAGAGCAAAAUGCAGUGGAGGCUCAGGAGAGGCUGGCACAGGUUCCUGAGAGAGAAGACGGUGAAGCUUUGAAGAAAGGAGGACGAGACCUCAAAGAGAAAGUUGCUGCUCAGGCGGACCCCAGAGAAGGUGUGGAAGAUGGGGCCGUCAGAGCCGAGGCUCAUCUGCAGGGCUCCCACGAGAAGGUCAGGGAGCAGGGAGAGAUGGAUCUAAGGCGGAGGCGCAGGGCACUGGGACCUGGAGAGGCUGCAGGGCCUCCAGAGGAGAACAGGAAUGUGCCAGGGCUGGAGCCCCUGCUGGACCUGGGGGGCUCAGACCUGCAUGUUGCCCUGGAGGAGCACCUAUUGGCUGGGGCCAUGGUGCACUCACGGCAGAUUAAACAGGCCUCAAAGGAUGAGAGAGCAGACUAACGCAUAUCAGUCAUUGGACAGCAGCACACACUGUACAACUGCAGAAAUUUCUAAUACUGUGGACUUGUUGCCUUACAUUCAUUCUUGCCUUCAGAAAUAUUUUUUCUCUGUCUAUGUGUACUCUGGAAAUAACCCAAAGUCUUAUUAUUGAAGAGCAAAGUAUGUAAAUAUUAAUUUAUUUUUGUCUUUAGAGGGGAGAAUUUUGAAGAGGUAACUGUUGAAAUGUAUAUAACCCUAUGCAAAUACCAUUCUGUGCUGUGUUUAUACAGUACAAACAUAUUAAUAUUUGUACUGUAUUUGAGUCCCCUUAGUUCGUUUUCAUUUACCAGCCCUGUGGAGUCUGCAGCUCUGUGGAGUCUGUGUUGUCGUCUCCUGUGCAGAUGUUGUAUUUAAGGUUUUGGUCAGUUUGUGUUUUUACUUUGCAAUGUAAAUACUGCAAAUCCGUUGUGUGAUCAAUGUGAGAUUUACCACAUAUUGGAUGUAAUGCGUGUUCAAGCGCCCUAAUAUGUCUUUCAGUAUACUUUCAGAUGAAAGUAACUGAAUGCAACCUCAUAUUGAUGCUGCGAGGUAUAUAGUGUAGCCUUACCAUGUGAUAAACCAUGGAAAAUGACGCAGCUUGAUCCAUCUGGGUCCAUGACUGUAGUUACUAAUCAUUCCUUCUUCAGCAUCGCUUCCUUUUUAAUAUAUCAGUGCCUUCUAAGCCAUAUGCUGCAGUAAUGAUAUUUUAUCUAACUAAAAUGCAGCAGUUCCUCUCAGUUUCUGGUCUUUAUGCCUCUGCUGGACCUCUUACUACACACAUUACAGCAACUUUGAGAAAGUAAGAUGUGUACAAUGUGUUACAGACAUUGGAAGGAACCAUGGAAUAUGCUUGUAGUCUUUCUUAGUAAUUCCUCCAUCAGUAGCACUUCAACACAUGCUGGACCUUUGCUUUGUAAAAGAGGCUAUUUUUAUGACUAUUUUUCUAAGUGCAUUGUAUUUCUGUACAUUUUGCUGACAAGAAUAAAUAAAAAUAUCUUCAUGACA